AUGUCGCGCAGUCAGCUUUCCAUCGAUUUGGAGGAUUUUUUGGGGUAUGAGACGCCGAUCCCCACGGAUGCCUUCGUUGUCGGUAUCCGCCCGCGAGCGCCGCUUCCGCGACGAUCUACGCAUGCAUAUGAUGGCAAUGGCAGCAACCUUUCCGAUCUGUCGUCGUGGCCUAACUCCGCCGUUGCGCCAACCGAUGUGUGCAGUCGGCGCAGACCGCGUGAGAUGUCGUAUGAGCUGAAUGAGGACCUCGAAGCACAGCGACGGGCCUUGGUCGGACAGUCUCGUCGCCCGACUUCGUCCAGCAGCCGCGUCACGGUGAUUAAAGAGGAGGAAGCGACGAAUUCCGAGACCAACGUGGGCACCAAUGGCAACGACGCCGAGCUACAGCGCCGUGGCGGACCGCGCCGUCGGCUGGAGUCGAAUCGAGCUCAGCUAAGCCGCGAGUUUAGCGAGGCGCGGGACCUGGAGCGGCAGCAGCAGCAGCUCAUUUCCAUGCUGACAAGUCGUCUUGAUGACAUGGACGCCCGCUUUCAGGCGCAGGUGACGGAGCUGUCGACGAAGCUGGAGAAGAUGAACGUCAGUGUGGGCGAGAAGUACGACUCAAUCUACAGCAAGAUGUCGGACACAAUAAGUGCACGAGCGGAAGAGGUGUCACGGCUGGAGCAGGAGCUGAGGGCAUUGAAAAUGUCGAACGCAGCGGAGUUCAAAUCAUGCCGCGAUAGCAUCGUGGCGUGCCGAGCAGACUUGGCCAAGCUGGAGGGCCGACUGGAAGGUGUACUGUCCCGUCCGUCGCCGUCGUCCGUUGCAGCCGCCCCCUCCCCUUCAUCCACCCCCGUCUCGCCGGCGCCGCCAGCGCAGCCGUGUUCAUCGUCAACGGGGUUCAAGCCUGGCGGUAACGCCUGUGGUGGCUUCCCCUCCAGCUUUCCCUCGGCGGCAGCGCUUUCUGCCAACGCGUCCCCUUCGUCUCACCCAUCUCCUUCGGCAUCAACCGCCGGCACCGGCUUCGGCUCGAGUACCUCGACGACGGCGCUGGGGGGAUUUGGCGCCAGCUCGUUUGGCGUGAAGCCGGGAGAGAAGGCUGCCGCUACAGGCGUCGCGAACACAGCGGCCGAAACCAUCAACACUUCGAAUGCGUCGACGUCCACCACGGCGCCGACUUUUGAAAACCCCUUUUCCUCCCCGUCAGCCGGCACGAGCAGCUCGACCAACCCGUUUUCGUUUGGUGUCUCCGCGAACACAAAUGCAGUCGCCGCCACGAAGCCGCAGGAUGCCUCAUCCGACAAGCCGGCAACCUCACCAAGCACGAGCGCAUUCGGUGGGGCGAGCAGCAGUCUCCCUGCAGCCGUGAGUGCAGCGCCGAGUACCGGGGAGGUCAAGCCGCCGAUGUUUGGCGGUGGUGUCACAGGCGCGUUGCAGGGUGCUGCUACUGCGCCGGCGCCAUCUGGCACAGCAUCCACCAGUUUCUCGUUCCUAGCAAAGCCGGCGACACCACCGACGCAGGGCAGCAGCGCGCUGACAAACGGUUUCAAAGUAGCCGCUGCAUCGUCUGACACGUCGAGCGCAUCGCCGUUCUCGUUCACAAGUGGCGGGGCAACUUCGACUUCUGCGGCAGCAGGCGGAAAUCCUUUUAUGCCUACGGCGGUCGAUUCGUCGAACCCGAAGCCGCCACCGUUUGGCGGUACAGUGACGUCUCAGCAGGCGCCACCACCGGCGAACGGAGGCACCUCUGCAGCAUCGGCACCGACGACCACCACCUCCUCAUCUUUUGACAUGGGUAACCCUGGUGCGCGUGCACCGGGGAGCGGUGGUAACAAUAGUGGCGGCAGCAGCAGUAGCGGAUUCGGUGGUGUUUCUUUUCCUGCAUCCGCCACACCAUCAACAGGCGCACAAGCAGCACCUGCAGGGCCUUUUUCCUUCGGCACAUCCCAAACCCAAGGGCCGAAUGUGUCCCCCGCGCCAUUCGCCAGCGCGGCUGGUGUCUCCUCAGUGUCAUCAACCGCAACGGCAUCCGGCUCCUCAGGCAGCGCAACUGCUUCUGCCUUCGGAAUUAGCACCGCUGACGGCGGUGGCAACAACGGUAGCACGUCGUUUGGCAGCAGCAACACCGGCAACACGACUGGUGGCGGCACUGGUGCAUUUAGCAGCAGCGCCUUUCCCUCCACCGGUGCCUUUCCAUCCUCGACCGCCGCUUCGGCAUCCACCCUGUUCAGUGGCCCGUUCAACGGUGGCGGCGGCGCGCCGACUACCUCCGCCUCGGCUCCCCCGAGUUUUGGAGGGCGCCCGAACGGCGCUCCAUCGGGCGGUUUCAACUUUGGCGGUGCACCGGCCACUGGCGAACAGGGCACGACUUGGGCGCAGGGGGCGAACAUGAACCCACCGAAGCCGGCCGGCACCACAUUCGGCGGGGGCGGUUUCACUGCCAACACCAACACCAAUGCCUUUGGCGCGUCGGCAGGUCCGAGCGCCGGGUCUACCAACGCUUUUUCUGGGGCUAGCAACACCCCCGGUACCGGUGGUUCCAGCUCCAUCUUCGGAGGCAGCGGCGGAGGUUUGAGCAGCAAUCCGAUGAAUGGCAGCGCGGCGUCCGCGGCGUUUGGGUCUAACGCAAGCAACAGCAACACCGGCAACUCCCUCUUUGGCUCCGGCGGCGGUGGCCCUGCUGCCGUUGGUGGUGGGCCAUUCGGAGCGGUGCCUGCAGGUGGGCCGGUACCCGUGUUUGGCAGCAGCCCGGCAGGCGGAAGUGGGCCUUCUCGCAGCGCCUUUGGAGCUGCUCCGCCAGCGUUCUCGAAGCCGCUCGGGGCCUCUCCGGCAUUUGGCGGCGGUGGUGGCGGUGCUGCUGCGAUGGGUGGGUCGUCACAGGGGACUAGCAUUCUAGGCUCGAGCAGCUCUCGCAAGAAGGCGCCCAGGCGCUACUGA